GGUUCCGCUGUCUACAAAGCUUUCACAUACUACAAGUCCUGUAUGGAUGAGAGUUCCAUUCAAAAUGAUGGGAUUAAACCAGUUCUUGAUGUGAUAGAAAAAUAUGGCUCAUGGAAUAUCACAAACAAGAACUGGAAUGGAGAUUCUUGGAUAUUGGAAAAAAUUCUUGCAAGGGUGUUGGUUGAUCUUCAAACUCCAGCGUUUCUAUCUUUCGAUAUAAAAUCAUCUUACUAUAACACAUCAGAAAUUUUUAUCACGGUAAGUUGA